AUGCAAGCUACAGCAGGAAUAACCACGGACGUGCACACGGCGGCGUCGGCGUCGCCAAGUCGGCCGAGGGGUACAGCCCGCCCGGCAUCGCGCCAGCGCAGGCCUUCAACGCCGAGUGGGUCGCCUUCGAACGCGCCGCUCAACACGGCCCCAGCGUCGGACGACGAGCCCACAAAUGCUGCCGCGGCGGAGUCUCCUGUCCGUUCACACGUCCUCGGUGCGCGCACGGGAGCUUCGCUCCGUGGGCGUGGCGUCAACCGUCGGCCUGGGCCUGCGGCUGCGAGCGAUACAACCACGGCAAACGACCCGGGAACACAAGCAUUAGGGAGUGUGAUGAAUGCUAGUGAUGCGUCGUUGUGCAGGGAAAUAGCCGCGACCAUUGCGACGUCGGAUCCUGUGGGAUCCCGUUCCUCCGUUCUCCGUUCGAGCCUCCCGAGCCUGAUCCUAGCUCUCAUUCGUCCCGGUUCCGUUGUUACCGCGCGUAGUGCCGCGCCUAGCGCCACUCCUAGCGUCGCGUCCUGCCCGCCCUUUCCCCCUCGUCGCGUCCCUUUCCCCCCGUCGCGUCGCGCCCUUUCCCCCCAGUCGAGUCGCGCCCUUUUCCCCCCGUCGCGUCGCGCUCUUUCCCCCCGUCGCGUCGCGCCCUUUCCCCCCGUCGCGUCGCGCCCUUUCCCCCCGUCCCGUCGCCCUGCCCCGUCCCGUCGCCCUGCCCCGUCCCGUCGCCCUUCCCCGUCCCGUCGCCCUGCCCCGUCGCGUCGCCCUGCCCCGUCCCGUCGCCCUGCCCCGUCCCGUCGCCCUUCCCCGUCCCGUCGCCCUGCCCCGUCGCGUCGCCCUGCCCCGUCGCGUCGCCCUUCCCCGUCCCGUCGCCUCUGCUCCGUCGCGUCGCCCUGCCCCGUCGCGUCGCCCUGCCCCGUCGCAUCGCGCCCGCCCUUUCCCCCGUCCCGUCGACCCUACGCCCUGGCCCGUCGCCCUAGCCCGUUCUUCCGCUGCGACUAA